AUGACUACUAGGAACAGAAAAAUCAAAAAUUUCACUUCGAAUUUCGGACCUCAACAUCCUGCUGCUCAUGGUGUUUCACGAUUAGUAUUGGAAAUGAACGGAGAAGUGGUGGAACGUGCAGAACCACAUAUUGGAUUACUCCAUAGAGGGACUGAGAAAUUAAUAGAGUACAAAACUUAUCUUCAAGCUUUACCUUAUUUUGAUCGUUUAGACUACGUUUCUAUGAUGGCCCAAGAACACGCUCAUUCUUCAGCCGUAGAGAGACUUUUGAAUUGCGAGGUACCAUUACGAGCUCAAUAUAUACGAGUCUUAUUCCGUGAAAUAACUCGAAUUUCAAAUCAUUCACUUGCUUUAACUACUCAUGCUAUGGAUGUGGGAGCAUUAACUCCGUUCCUGUGGGCUUUUGAGGAGCGAGAGAAAUUGUUGGAAUUCUAUGAAAGAGUCCCGGGAGCCAGGAUGCAUGCCAGUUUCAUACGACCAGGUGGAGUGGCACAAGAUCUGCCUCUUGGCUUAUGUCGAGAUAUUGAUUCCUCCACACAACAAUUUGCUUCUCGUAUCGACGAAUUAGAAGAGAUGUCAACCGGCAACCGUAUCUGGAAACAACGAUUAGUAGAUAUUGGUACUGUCACUGCGCAGCAAGCAAAGGAUUGGGGAUUCAGUGGUGUAAUGUUAAGAGGUCUGAAGUGGUGGGCCUACCCAUCCCAACCAGGGGUAUGCUGGGAUUUGCGAAGAGCAGCACCUUACGAUGUUUAUGACCAAUUGGAUUUUGACGUACCAGUAGGUACCAGAGGAGAUCGCUAUGAUCGUUACUGUAUCCGUAUCGAAGAGAUGCGACAAAGUGUUCGGAUCAUUGUGCAAUGUCUUAAUCAAAUGCCUAGUGGCAUGAUCAAAGCCGAUGAUCGUAAGCUAUGUCCUCCAUCACGACAUCGAAUGAAACUAUCCAUGGAAUCGUGCAUUCACCAUUUCGAACCUUAUACAGAAGGUUUUUCCGUACCAGCUCCUUCUACCUAUACCGCAGUUGAAGCUCCUAAAGGAGAAUUUGGUGUCUUUCUGGUCAGUAAUGGAAGCAAUCGUCCUUACCGUCGUAAAAUAAGAGCACCUGGCUCUGCCCAUUCACAAGGACUCGAUUCUAUGUCCAAACAUCACAUGCCAGCCGAUGUGGUCACCAUCAUAGGUACUCAAGAUAUUGUGUCUGGAGAGGUGGAUAGAUAGGACUACUAGUUGCUCGAUCAGGACCCUAGCUUUAUUGCGAGCCAAAACCUU